CCCCGGUAGCGGCGGGAUGGGAAGCAAAGGACUUUGAAGACCUGGAAACCCCUAAUUUCGGGAGAGGAAAGGACAAUAAAGAACUAGUCGGCAAGAGUUUCUCCGAGUCCAGAGACCCGGGCUCUUGAGGCGCGUUUUGGAAAGCGCUGCCGAACACGCCAGGCGGCUUCUGGUGGCCACCAAGGGUUUUCCUGUCACAGGAAGUUAGGCCCGGCUGCUGGGAAACAGAAGGGAAGGAGGAAUGAGAAAGCCGUGACGGCACCCGCCCCGCAGGUGACUGUCCCACCGAGUGAGUUGAAUGUAGCGGCCCGGGAGGUGCUCGGCCGCCCUCACGGGUGAGACGAGGAGGAGCGAGAACCAGACUCCAGCGAGAGAAAACAGAGGUGGGAGGCUGAACUAUCUCCACUAGUUUCCCCAGGUAUUUCUGUUUGUUUUGUAAAACAAUGGGAAAUCCAGAAAACAUAGAAGAUGCGUAUGUUGCUGUUAUUCGUCCAAAGAAUACUGCCAGUCUCAAUUCUCGGGAAUACAGAGCUAAGUCAUAUGAAAUUUUGUUGCAUGAAGUUCCCAUUGAAGGACAGAAAAAAAAGAGAAAGAAAGUUUUGUUGGAAACUAAACUUCAAGGCAACAGUGAAAUAACACAGGGCAUAUUGGAUUAUGUAGUAGAAACCACCAAACCAAUUUCUCCUGCAAACCAGGGUAUUAGAGGAAAGCGAGUGGUACUAAUGAAGAAAUUUCCUCUGGAUGGGGAGAAGAUGGGCAGAGAAGCAGCAUUAUUUAUUGUUCCAUCAGUUGUCAAAGAUAAUACUAAAUAUACGUAUACUCCAGGAUGCCCAAUUUUUUACUGCUUACAAGAUAUUAUGCGAGUCUGUAGUGAAUCCAGCACUCAUUUUGCUACACUUACAGCAAGGAUGUUAAUAGCCUUGGACAAGUGGUUAGAUGAACGUCAUGCACAAUCUCACUUUAUUCCAGCUUUAUUCCGACCUUCUCCUCUUGAGCGGAUAAAAACUAAUGUCAUAAACCCUGCAUAUGCAACUGAAUCAGGUCAGACAGAAAACUCACAACAUAUGGGCUACAGUGCACUAGAAAUAAAGAGUAAAAUGUUAGCCCUAGAGAAGGCAGAUACUUGUAUUUACAACCCUUUGUUUGGAUCAGAUCUUCAGUAUACAAACCGGGUAGAUAAAGUGGUAAUAAAUCCAUACUUUGGUCUAGGAGCUCCAGACUACUCGAAAAUCCAAAUUCCCAAACAGGAAAAAUGGCAGAGAAGUAUGAGCAGUGUCACAGAAGACAAGGAACGACAGUGGGUAGAUGACUUUCCUCUCCAUCGAAGUGCCUGUGAAGGAGAUUCAGAAUUACUAAACCGUCUUCUCAAUGAAAGAUUUUCUGUCAACCAAUUAGAUAGUGACCACUGGGCGCCCAUUCAUUAUGCAUGCUGGUAUGGAAAAGUUGAGGCUACUCGCAUUUUGUUAGAAAAAGGCAAGUGCAAUCCAAAUCUUUUAAAUGGACAGCUUAGUUCUCCUCUUCAUUUUGCUGCUGGAGGAGGACAUGCUGAAAUAGUACAGAUUCUCCUAAACCAUCCAGAAGUUGACAGACACAUAACAGAUCAACAAGGAAGAUCCCCUUUAAAUAUUUGUGAAGAAAACAAGCAAAAUAACUGGGAAGAAGCUGCAAAGCUAUUGAAGGAAGCCAUUAACAAACCAUAUGAAAAAGUUCGAAUAUACAGAAUGGAUGGAUCAUACCGUUCUGUUGAACUGAAGCAUGGAAAUAAUACCACAGUGCAGCAGAUAAUGGAAGGAAUGCGUCUCUCUCAAGAAACACAGCAAUACUUCACUAUUUGGAUCUGUUCAGAAAAUCUCAGCCUUCAACUCAAGCCUUAUCAUAAACCCUUGCAACAUGUUCGUGACUGGCCAGAAAUACUUGCUGAAUUGACUAAUUUGGAUCCCCAAAGGGAAACACCACAGCUUUUCCUAAGAAGAGAUGUGAGACUUCCUUUGGAAGUUGAAAAAAAGAUUGAAGACCCACUAGCUAUUCUUAUUCUCUUUGAUGAAGCCAGAUAUAAUUUAUUGAAGGGCUUUUAUACAGCUCCUGAUGCUAAACUGAUAACAUUGGCAAGUCUACUGUUGCAAAUAGUUUAUGGAAAUUAUGAGAGUAAGAAACACAAGCAAGGUUUCCUAAAUGAAGAAAACCUAAAAUCCAUUGUACCUGUUACCAAACUAAAAAGUAAGGCACCUCACUGGACAAACCGAAUACUUCAUGAAUACAAGAAUCUUAGUACAAGUGAGGGUGUCAGUAAAGAAAUGCAUCACCUUCAGCGCAUGUUCUUACAGAAUUGUUGGGAAAUUCCUACAUAUGGAGCAGCUUUUUUCACAGGACAGAUAUUUACGAAGGCAAGCCCCAGCAAUCAUAAAGUCAUCCCUGUGUAUGUAGGAGUGAAUAUAAAAGGACUUCAUCUCCUCAACAUGGAAACUAAGGCUUUACUCAUCAGUCUUAAGUAUGGUUGUUUUAUGUGGCAAUUGGGGGAUGCCGAUACAUGUUUUCAGAUCCAUAGUAUGGAAAAUAAAAUGAGCUUUAUAGUACACACAAAACAGGCUGGCCUUGUGGUAAAACUAUUAAUGAAGCUAAAUGGACAGUUAAUGCCGACCGAAAGAAAUUCAUGAGAGGAAAGCAGUGAUACUUAAGCCACCACGUUUUGUAAUGCAGAUUUUUUUUCCAUGAAAGAUUUCUUAAACUAUUACUUUUAACAAGGCAUUUAGUCUCUUGUAAUAUAUAUGUAUACUAUUACAUUGUACAGAAUCUGUACUUCUGUUUGGUGUGUAAUAUACCAGUUUUAUAUAAUAUCCUCAUAAGCUAUUCUAAUUUUUGAGAGAAACACGCAAAAAAGUGUAGAUUGAUCACCUGUAUAUUAAUGGACAAAACAGUAAGCUUUAUAAAAAGUUAUUUUUGGUAAAUGGUAAAGAAUUUGGAGUGGAAUGUAAUGAAAUUAAAAUAUAGCUUUGGUAUAAGUUUGUGUGUCAUUUCAAAAUAUACUGAAAGUCAACAAAGUUGAAUAAAGAAAAUAUAUUUCCUAUUUAAACCACAUAACACUGCUAUUUCAAACAUUUUUCUGUAAGCCAAGAAAAUUUCUCAACAUGUUUUUAAAAGUCUUAGUUAAAAUAUGUAACUGGUAUAAAUUAGUAUUUCUCAGAGUAUAGUUCUUGAAACCCCCUGCAUCAUAAUUAACCUGGAUCCCUCUUUAAACAAAGAUUUCUGGGACUCAGUAUAUACAAGUUCAUUCACUCUCUAAAAGUAGCCAGUCCUAGGAAUCUUAAAUUUGGCUUGUUUUCUAUUGAAAUAAUUCCAGACCCAAUAAUGAAUUUGUAUUAAAAUAAAUGACACAAAAGUACCUGGCAUACAAGCAUACACAUACAUAGACACAGAUUAAGUGACAAUCUCUGGAUAUAAGUAGUUGCAUUUAUUACAUAUAUGUUGUAUUUUUAUGAUUUGGCUUAAUGAAUUAUAUUGCCUUUACAUUGUAUGAAGUAGAUCACCAAGUAUCUGUUUCAUUUAGGGGAGUAUUGAUACCAUAGAUGAGGAGCUAACUGACUCAUAAUCCAAGUCAUCUGACUCAUCUUGACUAAUCUGCUAUUUAAUAAGUUUAGAAACUAGUUUUUCCAAGCUAACAGAUUGAUGUAUUCUAAGUAAGUACAGAGAUACAGUAAUCAUAUUUGAAGUUGUCCUAAAGAUCGCAGAUAAUUUUUAUACAUCGUAAUUUACACUUCACAUUAAUUUCUGCUUAUUUCAAAUGGUGCUCUUUCUGAGCCUUAU